ACUUUCAGUGAUUUACAGAUAAAUAUGAACAUGAAUCUGCUCGUGAGAAUGAGACAAUAUGUUCUGGAACCCUGAGCUGAAUACUUUGAGUGAUUAUCACUAACGAUGUGUUAACUUCCCUCUGUCGAGCUUUAUACUUUAUCAGUUUGAGACUCACAGCUGAGUUUGUACGAGGAGAAUAUCUGAACGCACCUGAACUCAUCAUAUAACCUGCACAGGAAACAUGAGAUGCCUUCAAGUGCAGGAUGAAUUCACGUCUUUUAAACAACCGAUCUUUGAACGAUGAUCAUUAAUUAAAGUUACUUGAGGAUGAAACAACGUGUUAAUAAUGGCUCUUGUGACGGUUUGAUGCAGUUUGACGCGGCGUCGUGUCUCUGCUGCUCGCCGCUGCAUCGUGUUUCACCUGAUCUGAGCUCAGUCUGCUUCACUUCCUCUGUUUUAAAUUUAGGCCAAACUUUCAGAGACUUCAUCACUUCCUCUUUUCACUGUUUUUCAACGAGAAGACGCUGCUUCCAGUUCAGUUUGCAGCUCUCCAACUCAAACGACGCUGCGCCGGUCUGAGGAGUAACCGACCUUUACUGAGCUGAAUUUAUCUUGCAGAGUGUUAGAGCUUCGUUAAUCCCCGUCACUCUCACACAUGGGGAACCUGAUCAAGGUGUUAACCAGAGACAUCGACAACAAUGGUGGAAACUUCUUCCUGGACUUUGAGAAUGCUGAGCCCACACAGUCAGAGACGGAGGUGUGGGAGAAGGUGAGCCAGGUGCUGAUGGAGGCUCGGGUCAUCCUGGACGACCUGCAGGCGUACAGAGGAGCAGGAGAGGAGAUACGACAGGCCAUCCAGAGUCCUGGAGUGGAGGGGGUCCAGGAGAAAGCCUGGGCAGCUGUUGUUCCUCUGGUCACUAAACUGAAAACCUUCUAUGAGUUCUCCCAGAAGCUCGAGUCCAGUCUGCGGUGUCUCCUGGACGUCCUCACCAGCUCGGCUUCGACUCCCACUCAGCACCUGGAGCAGAAACAGGCUCUGGCUCGUCAGUUCGCUCACAUCAUGCACUUCACGCUGCGCUUCGACGAGCUCAAGAUGACGAACCCGGCCAUCCAGAAUGACUUCAGCUACUAUCGCAGAACCAUCAGCCGCAUGCGGAUCAACAACCUGUCGGCCGACGCAGGAAAUGAGGUCAACAACGAGCUGGCCAAUCGGAUGUCUCUGUUUUACGCCAGCGCCACGCCGAUGCUGAAGACGCUGAGCGACGCCACGUCGAAGUUCGUCUCAGAUAACCCGGACGUCCCGAUCGAAAACACGACAGACUGUCUGAGUACGAUGGCGAGCGUCUGCAAAGUGAUGCUGGAAACACCGGAGUACCGCAGUCGUUUUGCCAGUGAGGAGACGGUGUUGUUCUGCCUCCGUGUGAUGGUCGGCGUCAUCAUCCUGUACGACCACGUUCACCCGGCCGGAGCCUUCGUUAAGACCUCCAAUAUAGACAUGAAAGGCUGCAUCAGAGUGCUGAAGGAGCAGCCGCCCAGCAGUGUGGAGGGAUUACUCAACGCUCUCAGGUAUACGACCAAACAUCUGAACGACGAGGCGACCUCCAAGCAGAUCAAAAACAUGCUGCAGCAAAAUUAAGUUGAUGCUUCGUCGGCUGAACUGAAACUGGAGCGACGCGGGAGACGGAAGUGUUAUGGUCCAAAUUUCAAAAGAACUACUGAACAAAGCUGUAGCUCAUGUUUCAUUGUUUAACCUCAGUUUGUUGUUUUUAACUCUCAUUUGAAAAAAAUGUGUUUUUUUUGUUGUUGUUGUUAUAAAGAGAAAAAGUUGGUUGAUCCAAGAAAAGAUGAUGUUUAAACCAGCGGCUGUGUCGGAGCUGCAUUCAGUCACAUCUGCAGACACGAUCUGCUCAGUGGAGGUUCAGCCGGGUCUGCUCGAUUCAGACAAACAUCUGGAGACGUUCCAACAUGUUGAUCGAUCGUCUGUGAUGUGACCUGAAUGCAGCUCUGACAGAUCUGCUAGAUGUCUGAUAGAUCAUCACUUCAGGCCCGUUCUCCACCUCAGAACCUUUUACAGAACCAUUUUCAAGAGCCCAGGAACUUUCCCUUCGGAGGAACCGUUUCCUGGUUAGAUUCCUCGACCACAGUUCUACCUCAGAACAAAGUCUCUGUGGCCGAGCUCAAACUUCAGUCGACUGUCAGCUGGUUAGAAAUAAGAUGAUGUCACGUACGUCUGUGCACCAAUCAGAGCUCAGCAUCAUUUGAGUCACACUCGAUGACAGCAUUCUCUAACGUUUUAGUUAAGCUUUGUUUUAUAAAACAUCAGACUUCUCUCUAUUUUCUCAAAUUAUUGAUUUUUUCUUAAAAUUGUGACUUUAAACUCAGAAAUUUGAGAAAAAAAAUCUGAUUUCUGAGUUUAAAGUCAGAAUUGUAAAACACGUGAGGUUGCUGAAUAUAAAAUAAUUUCUUCAUGAGAAACGCCAAAGAUUUUAAACCUCUGAGAAGCUUCUGGCUGCAGAGUUCAAGAAAAUUAAACUCAGUAGUUUUUCCUCAACAGCCGUUUUUAGAUAUAGAAAAUCAGCUUCACAUCAAAUGAAGUCUGAACCUGAAACCUUGUGGGGCAGCAGACACGUUCACAGACCUCCAGCUGUCGUCAGACGUUUGUCAGGACACAACAGAAAAAAACACAACUGUUAGAAAAGUCGAACUUUCUUCACCCGUCAAACUGUCGACCAGCUCGUGGACAGUUGUCGACUUGGAAAGAAUGAAAGUCUCUCUGGACGUUUGGACGUCAUGUGACCUGCACGUCAGACUCGUGUCACUUUCCUAAACUAAAAGUUAUCGGUUGCUUGAAUGAACGCUUCCUGUUGGUUCUGGAUUCUUUGGUGGAAAAUGGCUGAAACAUUCGGUACUUUUCAGUUUGUUUGGGAAAUUCAAGCAGCUCGUUCCUCCUGAGAAGACCAGCUGCUGGUGUCACGGACGUCUGGUUCAAAAUGUCUGAUGACGAGUCGUGAUGUUGGAUGUUCAGUGUGUCUCAGGUGGUUUUGGAAGCUGAGCUGCUUUUUAUCGCUGGACAGUUUUAUUAUCGUUACGCUGUGUGGCUGUCAGGAGGACGGACAGGUUGGUUACUGCUCACCUGGUUCAACACCUGCGAUAAACAGCAGCAGACUGACGCUUCUGUCAGUGUUUCUGUUGACCAGCUGAGACACAGCGGACGAGACGAACCCGAACUGUUCUGAGAACUCGACAGAGAUUUAGAUUAAAAACUUGCGGUACGAAAUCACAAGUGAUUCAAUUUGUUGCUGUAAAAAUGGGAAGAACCGUAAUAAACUGGCUACUGAGGGUUAGAUGGGAGGAGAACCACUGUGACCGAUGUGGACUGACGUGAUCAGUGGACCUGCUGACUGGAAUCUUUACCAGCUUGUGUUUUUAUUUAGCUUUGUACGUGAACGCUGCAGUGUCAGGGAUUGUAUGGCAUUAAUUGUUUUUAAUGUUCGUGUUGGCCAAAUAAAGUUUUUUAAUUUGUGAUAAAACGUGA